UCAGUGGAAACUUUUCUGCAAGAUUGGCAGAAAAGAUUGGCUUCUCUGUGCUUACCCUCCAUUUGCCAUGCUGCCCAAGGGGGCUCGCUGCCCAGGGGCAGAGCUGGUCCUCUUAACCCCAUUUGGGGGGACUCAUGGUUCCCUCAACUAUUGGAGAUGGCGGUGGAUGUUCCCAGGUGGCCCAUCCAGAUCUGCUUCGAUAACCGUCCGAACAUUGCUAUCCUCUCCUCCCGGAAGGUUCUCUGCCUCUGAUGGCUUGGCAGAUUUCGGGGGACCCUGGCAGGUCCUUGGAGUUUUGAACGCAGCUCGACACCUCCUGUCGGUCGGAUGGGCUCCCAGAAAUCAACGAUUAUAUUGGUCAGCUUGGAGAGCUUGGGCUGGCUGGUGCCUUGCUAGGGACGUGGAUCUCGAUUCAGCCCCUGUAAUGGCGAUUCUCUAA